AUGGCUACGCUCUGCGACUAUUGCUCCGCAUUAGCCGAAGGACUUUCAGCGCUGUCUCCUGCGGGCUUUGAACUUGAGGAUAGCUUGCUGCCUAUAGAUUAUCAAACAUUUGCCUCUACUGUGUAUUAUUAUCACCCCAGCGCUUCCGAGCUUUUGGAUUCAGCCUUGGACUGUGCUCUAUGCUCAUGCGUAUCACGGGCUGUCGAACAGUAUCGGUCUCAGUACGGCCAACUGGAUACAACCGAUGACGACCCUGUUAUUAUCCGCGUGAAAGGCAGAUACUUGCGGCCUGGCGAAUUCAAAGUCCUUUCAUGUCUCAUACAGACGCUUAACACCGAUGCAAUUUGCAUACAAUGUUCGCUGUAUUGUGAUGCUGGUGACGUUGGCAGCUGCUCUGGCCAGUUGUUUCUAAGCCCUCCCGCCCUCCCAGGGUCUCCAGCUUCGUUAGAAUGGAUACAAGAACGGAUGAACUACUGUCUCUCAAACCACGAGCGAUGUAACCGGGACAUUGCAGGCGCACAGCUUGAUCUGUUACCGGCUCUACCAACACGGGUGUUGGAUCUGGGAGAGGGCCAAGACUGCUCUACAGUUCGCCUGGUUGAAGGCGCUGGGACUCAAGCGGCCUAUACUGCGCUCAGCUACUGCUGGGGUCUCCCAAACCAGUGGCCCCUUCGUACCACGCAUGACAACUUGCAGCAACAUACAAGUGGCAUCUCGAUGGAAAGUCUGGAGCCGACGUAUCGCGAUGCCAUCUGCAUCACACGCAGCCUUGGAAUACGAUAUCUAUGGAUCGACGCCCUAUGCAUUAUACAAGGGGAUGAUCAGGAUUGGAAACAUGAAUGUGAGCUCAUGGGCCGGUACUAUGGGAAUGCGCGCCUCGUAAUCUCUGCAUCUGGGGCAACACAUCCGGGUGAAGGGUGUUUUCUCCCGGGGCCAUCCCGUGACGAAGUUAUUCUUCCAUUCUAUUCACACGGUGCCGUGACUGGCUCCUUCAAGAUAGUAAUGUCGGGGCCUCCAUUUGGUCAGUCGGGCCCCGCUUUCUCCCCUUUAGGGAAUCGAGGGUGGGCCACUCAAGAAUGGUGGCUGUCCCGAAGGAUAGUUCAUUUCCUCGAAGGCUAUAUGGUCUGGAGCUGCGCAUGCCUGGAUCAGUUUCGCUUGGGAAUACUUUCAAAUGGUCACACGCAGGAUUUGGUGAUGUAUUCAGACUGGAUGUCGAUCGCGUCGAUUCACUCCAGACGAGCCCUUAGCCGCCCAACUGACCGGCUUGCGGCCAUCCAAGGGCUUGCCAACGAGUUCAAAAAGACACGCCAAGAUGAGUACGUAAUGGGUUUCUGGACAGGUGAACUCCCGACGGCUCUGCUAUGGAAGGUAGGCGAUGAUGGCCGUGGGAAUAAUCGAUCAGAGGCCUUAUCAAUCUUCCCUUCUUGGGCGUGGGCUUCUGUUGCCUGUGAUUUUGAAGAGUGGUACUUUGCCACGAACUUUGCAGAGGAAGAAAGCUUCGAACCGAUGGCAACCGUUUCUACUAUCAUGGAGGGUGGCAUGCGUCUGCGUGUCGCCGGUUGUAUGACAACCGGGAUGCUCGCUGAAUCAUGCGGUGGGGAGGUAGUAUUAUUAUUAACAACCGGAAACCCUCCAAAGACGUCUGAGUGAGAAUAUCUGCAACAUUUUGAACGAGGGCGGCGGACAUGAUUUUCCUGAACAUUUAGUGUAAAUUGAUGUAGUAGUCCUUACCUGAAGAGGUCACCCUGAAA